GUUCAGUUCAGGGGAAGGGUGAGACACAUGACAGGAAGCUUAUGAAUCACUUCACCAGCUGAAGCUCAGAGGAAGUGUGAGACGCAUGAACGCAAGCUGCUGAAUCACUCCACUGACUGAAGAUGCUGAGGAUCACUCUGUGGCUGUUAAUGGGGGUGUUUGCGUGGGACUUUGCGUCCUCCUCUAUCAUCUGCCCUGACGGGCAUGUCUGCUCUGAUGACUCCACCUGCUGUAUGACUAAGUAUGGAUAUAGCUGCUGUCCAUAUCCAAAAGCUGUGUGCUGCUCUGACCUGGCCCACUGCUGCCCUUCAGGGUUUCGUUGUAACAUGGUCACCCAGAUGUGUGAGAAAGAAAACCAGCCGUGGAUGAACACACCCAUGGCGAAGAAGGAGGCUGCAGAAGAAUCAAACCCUCCUGUUAUACCUGUAUCUCCCCUCAUGGAGAUCAAGAGCAAUCAUGUCCCAGACCAAAAAAAGGUUUCAGUUGUCCACUGUGACAACUAUUACACUUGUCCCAGUGGCACUACCUGCUGCAGACACCCAAAAGGCGCCUGGUUCUGUUGUGGAUACUCUCCUGGCCAGUGCUGCCUGGAUGGCUAUCACUGUUGUCCAUACGGCUACGACUGUGACCUCACUUAUACGCACUGUGUGAGGGAAAGCCUGAGAUAUCCUUUCACCCCCAAACAAGCUCCGUCAUCAGUCCCUGCCUCUCUCAUUUCACCUUCCGAAGACAAAGCCAGCUUUCAGGAGAGACCUAUGACAGCUCUCACAGAGGCCAGUGGCAGUGCCCCCAAGGCUGGAGUCAUUCGCUGUGAUUCAAAGUUUUACUGCUCAGGAGGAACAACUUGCUGCAAGGGACCCACAGGCCAGUGGAACUGCUGCCCCUACCCGCUGGGCCAGUGUUGUUCAGAUGGUAAACACUGCUGCCAGUAUGGAUAUAACUGCGAGCCCUCCUCCUUGUCAUGCAGAAGAUUCUACUCUCAGGUCGCCUCAGGCACACAGGAAGAUGCCAAAACAGACUAAGGACAUUUUAUUAAAGUACACUAUGACAGUUUUGUCAUCAUUUUGGUACAUUAUUUUGGUACAAGUUGCAGAUAAAUUCUAAAAAAUGCUUUGUAAACUCAGUAAAGAAAAUUAAUAGGACUUAAUGGUAUAGGAUAAACUGGACAGAUUUUGAAUUACUCUCAGAAGGUUUAACUGAUCAGUAAUAUGCUCAUAAGAUCGUUCCUCUGUUUUGGAUAAAUGGUACUAUAUAUACGUAUGUCUAUUCUGCUUUGGGUGAAUGGUACUGUAAGUUUGGCUCUCCCAAAUAAUGACAUAACAUUUCCUGUAACAACAUCCACAAUAUUUCCAUCCAAUAUCCACAUUGUCAGAUUAAAUCCAGCAUUCCAGUGGUGUACUAAAUAUGUUAAAGAUGCUUAAUCUGAUGAUUUUUUUAUUUUUACUUUUUGAUACAGCCAAUUGUGAAUUUACUGCCAAUCUUAGAAUAUUUCAAGAUCUUUUUUUGUAAAGCACAAAAUUACAUUUUUAAAUAAAAAAAUAUGAGGGAAA